AUGUCGUUCCUCUUCGGUGGCCAGCCCAAGAUGAGCUCCGAGCAGAAGAUUGCCGCGGCCGAGACUGAAGUUGAGAUGAUCUCGGACAUGUUCACUCGUCUUUCCGAGUCCUGCUCCAAGAAGUGUAUCCCGGCCGAUUACCGCGAGGGUGACCUCAACAAGGGCGAGUCUGUGUGCUUGGACCGUUGCGUAGCCAAGUUCUUCGAUGUCAACAUCAAGGUCAGCGAGAAGAUGCAGCAGGGUGCUGGCGCCGGCAUGGGUAUGGGCGCUUAG